GAGGGGGUGUAGCUAAGCCCAAGCAGCAAAAACAUCAUAGCACAUUCCUGGAUAGUCGUCAGCUGCCAGUAUCUGAUUAAAACCGUGUCCCUCGCUGUGAGUGGCUAACUAAUCCGAAGGCGAGAGUACAACUGGAUAUUUAACCGGGCCUCCGGUCCCGGCCCGAGUACUGGCUGCCGUCGUCGGACCAUGCGCGGAGCGGAACAGAUCUAGCCCCAAGCAUAGCUGACGACCAUCCCAUCAUGUCCACUGAAGCUGAAGCUACAGCCAGCCAGCCUGAGCAACAGGCUCCACCAAAAGCACAACAUUCAAAGAAGGAAAAAAAGAAAGGGCCAGAAAAGACAGAUGAAUCUCUCUUGGCCAGAUUCAAAGGUGAUGGUGUAAGAUACAAAGCUAAACUGAUUGGCAUUGAUGAUGUCCCAGAGGCAAGAGGAGACAAAAUGAGUCAGGAUUCAAUGAUGAAGCUGAAGGGAAUGGCAGUGGCCUUGCGUUCCCAGGGUCAACACAAACAGAAGAUCUGGGUGAACAUAUCCCUCUCUGGUAUCAAGAUAAUAGAUGAGAGAACUGGGGUCAUAGAAUAUGACCAUCCAGUAAAUAAAAUCUCCUUUAUUGCUCGGGAUGUAACAGACAAUCGUGCUUUUGGCUACAUAUGUGGAGGAGAAGGCCAGCACCAAUUUUUUGCCAUAAAAACAGCACAACAGGCUGAGCCUCUAGUUGUUGAUCUUAAGGACCUCUUCCAACUAAUAUAUAACAUGAAACAGAAGGAAGACGACGAGAAGAAAAAGGGUGAAGAAGCAAGUAAGACUGAGAAUGGUAGCGUAGCACUACCUGCUGAUCAAGCUGACAAAAUGAAACCGGGAGUUGACCAGAUGGACUUGUUUGGGAAUAUGUCAACACCUCCUGAUAUAAGCAGUCCCACAGAAGCUAAAGAGAUUCUGUUAGUGGAUCUAAAUUCUGAAAUUGAGACCAAACAGACUUUUACAAAAGAGGAUCUCUUCUUGAAUGACAUCACAACCUCUCUUCCACAACCAAAGCCACAGCCACCCUUCUUGCCUGAGAGUUCUUUCUCUACCAGUCUCAGCUUCUUUCCCACACCUAACCCAGACCCUUUCAGUGAUGAUCCUUUUGCACAGCCAGACCAAUCUGCACUGCCUUCAUUUGGUUGUCUAAAAUCUCCUGACCAGAAGAAGGAAAGUCUGAGUACCUUGACACCCAUGGCUAAUGGUGCUUCAAAUGGUGAUACUGACUACUUUGGUAAACAGUUUGACCAGAUUUCUAAUAGAACUGGCAAACAAGAAGCACUAACAAGCCAGUGGCCACUUGAGAGUAAGUCGCCUGCAGCCAGAAUUCCAAAUGGGGUACCAGAGAGAGAACAAAGUGGCUUUCUUAAAGCCCCAUCAAACCUGUUUGUGGAAGGUCCUUCCAAAGAAGUAUCUCUGCAGAAUGGAGUAAAGCUGGAUUCUGAAAACAAUAUCCAGCUUGUGUCACAUGAGUCUAUAACAAUUAGCCCACCACCACAAAGUACCAAGCCAGGAAGAGGAAGGAGGUCUGUCAAGACUGCAUCGAGUGACUUAUUUAGCUCAGACUUCUUUGUGCCAACUACAGAAAGUGUGAGCUUGACCUCAGUUGCACAAACAGGACCUGUGCCAACUAGUUCACUGGACCUCUUCAAAACAAGUCUUACCAUACCAUCUCCAUUGGCUUGUCUAGGUGGCUUGCCAGUAACUCCAUCGCCAUGGAGUGCACAGACACCUACCUUCACUCAGGCUGCAUCAGUCUUUCCUGGGUCUAUGAUAUCUGCUCAGCCUACAGGAUUUAGUCAACCACUUGCCUUUAGUACUCCAACACUGCCAAGCUGGAAGAAGCCUGCAAUCCCUCGGUCGUCUGUUCUCUGGGCACAUCAAGCACAAAUUCCAUCUUGUUCAUGGGCGCAGCCAUCCAGUGCUGUAAGAUCCUUCCAGAGUAGUGCGCUCCCGUCGUCAACGCUACCUGCUCAGACACCAUCUGUACUAUCUUCCAUGCCAACAACAACUAGCCCACCUCAGCCACCACCUAGAACUCCUCUGAAGGAGCUCAAGAAAGAAAGUGAUGUUUUUGUUGAUCUGGAUCCACUUGGUGAUAAAGAGAUGAAGGAAGUCAAGGAAAUGUUUAAAGAAUUCCAGCUGAUAAAGCCACCUGCUGUACCAGCAAGGAGAGGAGAGCAGCAAAGCCUUUCAGAACCACCAAAGCCUGUUCUCCAACAAAAUAUGGUGCCAGCUGAUGACCUAUUUGAAAGUCAAGCUAAAAUGGACCUUCUUGGUGACUCACCUGAAUCUCAGAAACCACCUUCUGGCCCUUUUGGUGAUCCUUUUGGCAACCCAUUUGCAUAGAUCAGGCAUAACCAGGAAAGGACAAAUGGAGUAGUAACUGGACCCCUUCUCAACAUGAUUUUUCUACACGUUUCACUUUGCUGUCUGCCACUCUUGCUGCUGUUCCAUGAUGUCUGUAAUCGAAAACAUGUCCAGGUGGAUUGAAACACGAGCCCUCAAAGAACAUGCUGUGAAGAUGAUAAUUCAGGGCAAAGCAAAUGUAGAGCUGGACUCAUGCUGGAGACCCAAAUUCAAACUGGUGGAUGGUAACUUUAGUUCUUUGCAAUCUUCCAGAGAGGAGCUUAGCAACACUAAGUCAUGUGUCUUGUAAACAUGGUCACUACAAUUCCUUUUUCUGUAGCACUUACUGUCCCAAAAUACAGGAACUGAAUGUACCUGGGGAAGAAGUGUUGCCUGCACAUUAGGGAACUGAAUUAGUAGCUAAAAGUCCACACCUUAAACAACUAGGUCAGUUGCCUGUUAUCAUGACAGCAGCCAGUUGUAAAGUUAAGUGGACUCUAUGCGGUUCUAAUUGGUGACUGGACAUAUGACUUGGUCUCUGAGCCACAAAGGUGUAAACUGUACGGUAGGGGAAAAAAAAAUCCAAUACUUGUCUAUUGAACUCAUAGUAAAAAUACCAUUCUGCCAUAGAUGUGUAAUAACUAACUGUGGGGUCUAUAACAGAACUGCUGGAGUCCUGAGUACUAGAGGUCUACACUGUAGGGUCAGAUAAGCUGAAACACUUCUUGCAGAACAUUAAGGUAGUCCUGGACACUAACUGUUGUCUUGGUGCUAAUAUGGCACUUUUUGGGGAGGGAAAUCUACUAGGAUGGCUUGGCAGACAAAUGGAACAAGCAGAUAGGCUUCUUGCGUGUAUCUCACAAUGUCCCUGAUGUUGCUCAGUUUGACUUGUCAUAUGGUGUGGUGUGGCAUGUUUCCAGUACGUUAGAAAGCAAAAAGACAAUCAUGGCUUCACUCUGUGCCUAGAUUCCUUGUGAACAGAUGCUGUUAAUGUGUGGUAGUCAUCCAUCUCUUGAAAACCAUGCCUUUUCCAAGGAACCUCUUACUAACAAAUCUUUCAAUCAGUUGGUUACAACUGACUGUAACAACUACAUUCUUGGCCAGUGGUGAUAGCUGAUGUGUCAGAGGUUUUACUGUUAAUACAAAGUAUAAACUUGAAAUGGUAUUGUUAAAUCAAAUGCCUAAGCAAUUGCUGAACUGGAGAGCUAAUAAAGUCAACUUGAAUACAGCCUUAGUACCAAAUUCAGCCAGUCAUGCAAUUAGUCUUGUAUAUAAACCUCUCUUGCACUUCCUGUAAUGCAAAAAAAGCUAUGAAUUGAAGUAUUUGUCUCAAACUGGAAAUGUGGAAAAUUAUGAAUGUUAAAAUGUUACAUAAAACUAUAGUAUCUCAAGUGAUGUUACCUAAUGACAUUAAACAAAAGCAACUUUUCAUACCAAA